AUGAACCUCCGUGCCUUCAUCGUCACUGCGAUCGCCUCGCUAGCCGCGGUUAACGCCGACGUCAAGAUGAUCAACCACGACACCGUUCAGCCCGUCGCUCAGCCUGAGCCCACGACGGAUUCCGAGAAGACUGCGGUCAAGUACAAGCCGCAGCUCCACAUCUCGUACGGAUGCCACCCGUACCCCGCCGUGCAAGCCGACGGCUCCGUCAGUGCCGGUCUCAAGUGGUCUGGAUGGGCCAACGGCAAGUGCAAGGGCUCUGGUCUCGGCUCGCAGGUGUACUCGCGCUCGGACUGGUACAAGGGCAAGUGGGCCAUCAUGUAUGCCUGGUACUUCCCCAAGGGCCGGCAGUACGUGUCCAAGUAUCGCAAGGGCCACCGCCACUUCUGGUCCUAUGCCAUUGUCUGGACUGACAGCGACAAGCCCGACAACUCGACCAUCCAGGGCGUCUCCAUGUCUGCGGGUGUGGGCUUCAGGAAGGCAACCCCGCCCAAGUCCAAGUACGUUAUCGACGGAGUGACGGUCAAGUUCGACUCAUACUUUAGCUUCUGGGGCAGCAAGGUGGGCAUUCGAACCACGACGAAGACGGGAGAAUCGCAGGAUUUGAUCACGUGGGAGCAGCUCACGGACGAGGCUCGAACGGGGUUGACUAAUGCUGACUUUGACGUGGACUGGUCCUAUAGGAAGGUUGUCAUGCCCUUGUCGGACGAGGACUUCACGGAUAAACUGAAGAAGGCCUACCCAUUUUAG